AGCACGGUUUCCAUUGGAUGCUUCUGUAUUUUUCCGCGGAUGGUGAUUGCAUACAGAAUACCAGCCUGGCUUGCCGCUGAAAUACAGCUAGUCACAUUUAGACAUCAGUGGAGGAAAACAGUCACCUGGUCUAGUUGAGAGAGAGAGAUAGAGAGCAAGAGGUAAAAUGGGCAAAUAAGCCUAUAUCAAGUCGGUAUAGCUUGUCCAAAAUAAAUGUAUCUAAAUUGUCAUUUAAUUACGUCGGAAUGGUUAGUAAUCCAUUUCCAAAAAUCCACCACUAUAUGGCAACUUAAUUAACGGUGUCAUAAUUUAACCGUUAAACCGCGAGCCUGUGGAAAUGGGAUUCCUCCACCAGCUACAGCUUCUGUUGUGGAAGAAUGUGUCUUUGAAGAGGAGAGGACCGUGGGUGUUGGCCUUUGAGAUCUUCAUCCCUCUGGUCCUCUUCUUCAUCCUGCUGGGCCUGCGCCAGAAGAAACCUGCCAUCCCCGUCAAGGAAGUCUCCUUCUACAGCGCAGCUCCCCUCACCUCAGCAGGCAUCAUUCCCAUCAUGCAGUCUCUGUGUCCCGAUGGCCAGAGGGACGAGUUUGGCUUCCUACAGUACAAGAACUCCACUGUCACCCAGUUGUUGGAGCGGAUCCGUGAGGUGGUGUUACAGAACCACCUGUUCACAGCAGACAGGCCAGGACUGGGCCAGGAGCUGGAGUCCCUACAGCAACACCUGGAGAGCCUCAGCACAUCAGCAGGGCCCUACCCACUGGACAACAAUUUCAACACCAGCCAAGGGUUCACAGUAGCCAGUGUGUUGAAGAACCAGUCAGUGUUCCAUCAGUUCCUGGUCAGGAAUCUGUCCCUCCCCAAUGACACCGCCAGCCUGCUGCUCUCCACUCCUGUCAACCUCAAAGAGGUAUUCAACCUGAUCUUUGGCCUGUACCCCAGAACUGGAGGGGGGAGUAGUCACAGUUCUGGAGGGGAAAAAGAGACCACACAUACCCCUGCAGAGAAGAUACUUCAACUGGAGGAGAAGAUGCUGGGUGUCAUGCAAAGUCUGGAUGGUGGACUGAUCCACAAAGCUUUACGAGACCCAACCAAAGCAGCCCAUCGGCAGGCCCUACUCAAACUCAUGUCCCAGGCUUUAGGCCUAGCAGGAGGAGGGGCAGGCCAGAGAUACGACCCCCAGGGACUGAAGGAGGUGGAGGGUGUUCUCCUGACUGGUGCCAUGUUGGAAAUGCUUACCUGUGGGGAGGAUGGGACUAGUGAGCUGAGCAAGAUCCUAUUGGUUCCUGAGAAACAGCAGUCCCUGCUCCAGGCCUAUCGCAGCGCAGCAUGUGGUGGUGGGGCGGGACAAAGGACUGAGCGCUUUGGAGAGAUGAGCCAGGAGCUCCGAGAGCAGAUAGACACACAGAGCCUCAUUGACAAGCUGCGUCUGGAGCAAGCCAACUCGUCGGCCCCUCUGUCCCAGUCCCACCUGGGUGCUCUGCUGAAGGACUUGGCUGACGUGGAGAAGCUCCUCAGGGAUGUAGACCUGCUGUCAGGCCUGGCUCGCCUGCUCCCCAAGGGGGCCUGUGCUGGCCACGUCCCCCCUGGGGCUCCAGCCAACACCACCACUUCCUGGUCCCUCAACGCCACCACUUGGGGGCCCAACACCACCGAGAACCCCUGGGAGGAGGGCGGAGAGGAGGGGAGAGGACGAGAGAAAGAGAAUGUGAAAGAAGAGAACCCUCACUCGUUUUCUACCUUUGUGCAGCUGUGGGCAGGGCUGCAGCCUAUUCUGUGUGGGAACAACAGAAUCAUUGAGCCAGAGGCUUUAAAGCAAGGGAAUAUGAGCUCUCUGGGCUUUACCAGUAAAGAGCAGCGCAAUCUGGGCUUACUAGUGCAUCUGAUGACUACAAAUCCCAAGAUCCUCUACUCCCCCAUCGGCUCACAGGUGGACAAAGUCAUUCAGAAGGCCAAUGAGACAUUUGCGUUUGUGGGGAACGUGACUCACUACGCCCGGGUGUGGCUCAACAUCUCUGCCCAGCUCAGGACUUAUCUGGAGGAGGGCAAGCUGCACCACCACCUGGCCUGGAUGCAGCAGUUGACCUCUGACCUACGUGGUCACCCGGAACUGCUGAAUGGGACAGACAGUGAUCUGCUGCGUGGGUUGCUGGAGGGUAACUACACCCUGCCCAACACCUCCACCCUGCUGGAGCAGCUGGACACCAUUGACAACGCCGCCUGUGGCUGGACACACUUCAUGUCCAAGGUCAGUGUGGAUAUCUUCAAGGGUUUUCCGGAUGAGGACAGCAUCGUCAACUACACACUGAACCAAGCUUACCAUGAUAACAUCUCAGUGUUUGCCAGUGUGAUAUUCCAGACCAACCUAGAUGGCUCCCUGCCUCCUCAUGUCCUCUAUAAGAUCAGGCAGAACUCCAGCUUCACAGAGAAAACCAACGAGAUCCGCCGGGCCUACUGGCGCCCAGGGCCCAACACGGGGGGAAAGUUCUAUUUCCUCUACGGCUUUGUGUGGAUCCAGGAUAUGAUGGAGAGAGCCAUCAUUAACACGUUUGUGGGCCAUGACGUGGUGGAGCCUGGCAACUAUGUUCAGAUGUUCCCUUACCCCUGCUACACAAGAGACGACUUCCUGUUUGUGAUCGAGCACAUGAUGCCUCUGUGCAUGGUGAUCUCCUGGGUCUACUCUGUAGCCAUGAUGAUCCAACACAUUGUGGCGGAGAAGGAGCACCGGCUCAAAGAGGUGAUGAAGAUGAUGGGCCUGAACAACGCGGUCCACUGGGUGGCCUGGUUCAUCACUGGGUUUGUCCAGUUGUCCAUCUCAGUGACGGCCCUGACGGCCAUCCUGAAGUACGGUCGGGUGCUCCUCCACAGCGACAUCUUCAUCAUCUGGCUCUUCCUCUCCAUCUACGCCAUCGCCACCAUUAUGUUCUGCUUCCUGGUGUCAGUGAUCUACUCCAAGGCCAAGCUGGCGUCAGCGUGUGGUGGGAUAAUCUACUUCCUCAGCUAUGUCCCAUACAUGUACGUGGCCAUCAGGGAGGAGGUGGCCCAUGACAAGAUCACGGCCUUCGAGAAGUGUAUCGCUUCUCUUAUGUCGACCACAGCGUUCGGCCUGGGCUCUAAGUACUUUGCCCUGUACGAGGUGGCUGGGGUUGGUAUCCAGUGGCGCACCAUCAACCAGUCACCUGUAGAGGGCGAUGACUUCAACCUUGGCCUGUCCAUGAUGAUGCUCAUCAUCGAUGCUAGUGUGUAUGGAGUACUCACCUGGUACAUAGAGGCUGUGCAUCCAGGGAUGUAUGGGCUGCCUCGGCCGUGGUACUUCCCCCUGCAGAAGUCCUAUUGGCUGGGCAGUGGGCGUGUGGAGACAUGGGAGUGUCCCUGGGGGGGAGGGGCCAGGCUGAGUGUCAUGGAGGAGGACCAGGCGUGUGCCAUGGAACACCGGCGAUCUGAGGAGAUGCGUGGUAUUGAAGAGGAGCCCAGCCACCUGCCUCUGGUGGUUUGUAUAGACAAGCUGACCAAGGUCUACAAGAUGGGCAAUAAGCUGGCCCUCAACAAGCUGAGCCUCAACCUCCACGAGAACCAGGUGGUGUCCUUCCUGGGACACAACGGAGCCGGCAAGACCACCACCAUGUCUAUUCUGACAGGUCUGUUCCCGCCCACCUCUGGCUCAGCCACCAUCUACGGCCAUGACAUCCGUACUGACAUGGAGCGUAUCAGGCAGAACCUGGGCAUGUGCCCCCAGCACAAUGUGCUCUUUGACAAGCUCAGCGUGGAGGAGCACCUGUGGUUCUACUCCAAACUCAAAGGCAUGGCCGAGGAGGACAUCCGCAAGGAGAUGGACAAGAUGAUAGACGAUCUAGAGUUGAAUAAUAAGCGUCACAGCCUGGUGCAGACUCUGUCUGGCGGAAUGAAGAGGAAGCUGUCCGUGGCCAUAGCGUUUGUGGGCGGCUCCCGGGCCGUCAUCCUGGAUGAGCCUACGGCGGGGGUGGACCCCUACGCACGCAGAGCCAUCUGGGACCUCAUCCUCAAGUACAAACAGGGUCGCACCAUCCUGCUGUCCACCCACCACAUGGAUGAGGCUGACCUGUUAGGAGACCGCAUAGCCAUCAUCUCCCAUGGGAAACUCAAGUGCUGCGGCUCCCCACUCUUUCUCAAGAGCACCUACGGAGACGGCUACAAACUCACCCUGGUCAAGAAACAGAGUGAGAGCGGAGACCAGGUCACCCAGCCCCAGCCUCCCUCCACCGUGUCCCCUUCCUCCUCCUCCCUGUCCCCCUCCUCCUCCUCCCUGUCUCCCUGCUCAGAGACCCGGGUCACCCAGUUCAUUCGUCAGUUUGUGGGGUCCUGUCUGCUGUUGUCUGACUCCAACACUGAACUAUCCUAUGUGUUGCCCUCUGAGGCUGUCAAGAAGGGCUGCUUCGAGAGGCUAUUUCAGGCAUUGGAGCAAAAUCUGGCCAUCUUGGCUCUGACCAGCUUCGGGGUGAUGGACACCACUCUGGAGGAGGUCUUCCUCAAGGUGUCGGAGGAGGACCAGUCCCUGGAGAACAGUGAUGCCGACAUGAAGGAUUCCCUAGGCGGUAUCUCAGUGGGGAAACCUGCUGCUGCAGUGGGUGUGGGGGGCUCUGGAAAGCCAGAGCCGGGGGCUCCUGCGGGGAGCAGCAGCAGUGUGGAGAGGCCAGAGGUAGAGCUCUCUAACUUGGUGAUGUGCUCCAGGCUCAGCCAGAGCCAAUCCUCCCUGCGCACCUCCUCCUCCCUGGGGUCCGUGCUGGGGGAUGAGGAAGGGCUCUACGCAGACUUCUACGGAGACUACUGCCGCCUCUUCGACAACGGACGAGACCCUCACUCUACCAGCCUGAGGGAGGACGUGGAGGAGGCCUCCCCUGAGCCUGUGGUCCUGGAGGGGCAGGGCAGCUUCAAGCUGGAGGGCUGGUGGCUGAAGCUACGCCAGUUCCACGGCCUCAUCGUCAAGAGGUUCCACUGUGCCAAGAGGAACACCAAGGGCCUCUUCUCACAGAUCCUGCUGCCCGCAUUCUUCGUCUGCGUGGCCAUGACUGUAGCGCUCUCUGUGCCUUCCAUCGGAGAUCUGCCACCACUGAUCCUGUCCCCAUCCCAGUACCACAACUACACCCAGCCCCGUGGCAACUUCAUCCCCUACGCCAACGAAGACCGCCCACAGUACAGGAGUAAACUGUCCCCGGAUGCCAGCCCUCAGAAGAUCGCCAACACGCUGCGUCUGCCAUCGGGCGUGGGCGCCACCUGCGUCCUCAAAACGCCCUUCAACAGCACCCUGGACCAGCUGGCACAGACGCUCAACCCCAGCGCCAACAACAGCAAGACCCUGGCCGCCCGCUACUUUGACUCCAUGUGUCUGGACUCCUUUACCCAGGGAGUGCCACUGUCCAACUUCGUACCCCCUCCCCCCUCGCCAGCCCCCUCCGAUGACCCCGACACUCACUUUGAGGAUGGGCUGUGGAACUUCACUGCCACCACUCCUACCACUGUCAGGGAAACGGUGACGUCUCCUCCCACCCUGCCCCUGUUAAUUCGGGAGCUGGUUCGUUGUAUCUGCUCCAUGCAGGGGACGGGCUUCUCCUGCCCCAGCGGGGUGGGGGGGCGGCCACCCCUUAUGAAGGUGGUCACCGGGGAUAUUCUGGUAGACAUCACUGGGCGCAACGUGUCAGAGUAUCUCCUCUACACCUCUGACAGACUGCGCCUGCACAGAUAUGGAGGACUCACAGUAGGCAACAUACAGAAAUCUGUCCCAGCAUCCUUUGGGAAAAAGACUCCGCCCAUGGUUCGCAAAAUAGCAGUCCGCAGAUCAGCUCAGGUGCUGUUCAAUAAUAAAGGGUACCACAGCAUGCCAACCUAUCUCAACGUCCUCAACAAUGCCAUCCUGCGUGCCAACCUACCUCCAGGCAAGGGCAACCCUGCUGCAUACGGAAUCACACUGACCAACCACCCCAUGAACCGUACCAGUGCAAGCCUCUCUCUGGACUACUUGCUCCAGGGCACUGAUGUGGUGAUAGCUAUCUUCAUCAUCGUGGCCAUGUCCUUUGUACCAGCCAGCUUUGUGGUCUUUCUGGUGGCAGAGAAGUCGACCAAGGCCAAGCACCUGCAGUUUGUGUCUGGAUGUGACCCUGUCAUCUACUGGCUGGCUAACUAUAUAUGGGACAUGUUGAACUACUUGGUGCCUGCCACGUGCUGUGUCCUUAUCCUGUUUGUCUUUGACCUUCCUGCAUACACAUCCCCAACCAACUUCCCUGCGGUGCUGUCUCUCUUCCUCCUCUACGGGUGGUCUAUCACUCCUAUCAUGUACCCGGCCUCCUUCUGUUUCGAGGUGCCCAGCACGGCCUAUGUGUUCCUCAUCGUCAUCAACCUUUUCAUAGGCAUCACUGCCACAGUGGCCACCUUCCUGCUGCAGCUCUUUGAGCAUGACAAGGAUCUGAAACUGGUGAACAGCUACCUAAAGUCCUGUUUCCUUAUCUUCCCAAACUACAACCUGGGUCACGGCCUGAUGGAAAUGGCCUACAACGAAUACAUCAAUGAGUACUAUGCUAAAAUAGGUCAGUUUGACAAGAUCAAGUCUCCAUUUGAGUGGGACAUUGUGACCCGAGGGCUGGUAGCCAUGACAAUCGAGGGCUUUGUAGGAUUCUUCAUCACCAUCCUGUGUCAGUACAACUUCCUCAGGAAACCCUUGAGAGUACCAGUGAGCAGCCAGCUCAUAGAGGAUGAUGAUGUGGAUGUGGCCUGUGAGAGACGGAGAGUACUGAGAGGAGAUGCUGACAACGACAUGCUGAAGAUUGACAACCUCACCAAGGUGUACAAGUCGAGGAAGAUGGGUCGUAUCUUGGCUGUUGACCGGUUGUGUCUGGGCGUGCGUCCUGGGGAGUGUUUUGGCCUCCUGGGGGUGAACGGAGCAGGGAAGACCACCACCUUUAAGAUGCUGACUGGUGACGAGAGCACCACGGGAGGGGAGGCCUUCAUAGGGGGAAACAGUAUCCUGAGGGAGCUGUUGAGAGUGCAGCAGAGCAUUGGUUACUGCCCUCAGUUUGAUGCCUUGUUUGAAGACCUGACAGCCAGAGAGCACCUGGAGCUGUACACACGCCUCCGAGGCAUCCCCUGGAAGGACGAGCAGAGGGUGGUCUCGUGGGCCCUAGAGAAACUGGAGCUCUCCAAAUAUGCAGACAAGCCCGCUGGCACCUACAGUGGGGGAAACAAGCGCAAGCUGUCUACUGCCAUCGCCCUCAUCGGAUACCCUUCUCUCAUCUUCCUGGAUGAACCUACUACAGGGAUGGACCCUAAGGCCCGCAGAUUCCUCUGGAACCUCAUCCUUGAUAUCAUCAAGACGGGACGCUCUGUGGUGCUGACGUCACACAGUAUGGAGGAAUGUGAGGCUCUGUGCACCAGACUGGGCAUCAUGGUCAACGGCAGGUUCAAAUGCCUGGGCAGCAUCCAGCACCUCAAGAACAGGUUUGGUGAUGGUUACAUGAUCACAGUGCGGACUAGAAUCAGUUCCAAUGUGAAGGAGGUGGUGAGAUUCUUCAACAGGAAUUUCCCUGAGGCUGUACUAAAGGAGCGCCACCACACCAAAGUCCAGUUCCAGCUGAAGUCAGACAGGAUCUCCCUGGCCCAGGUGUUCAGUAAGAUGGAGCAGGUGGUGGGGGUGCUGGGGAUAGAGGACUACUCUGUCAGCCAGACCACACUGGACAAUGUGUUCGUGAACUUUGCCAAGAAGCAAAGUGACAACCUGGAGCAGCAGGAGAGUUCCCCCCCUGGUGGAGGCCAGUCACCCCUGCAGCGCCUGCUCACCCUGCUGAGGCCCCGGCCGGCCAAUACGGAGCUCAGCGCCCUGGUCAGCGAAGAGCCGGAGGAACUGGAGAGUGACGACGAUGAGGGCCUCAUCAGCUUUGAAGAGGAGAGGGUGAGAGGCGGGAAGAGAGAGGAGAAAGUGGAGGAGAGGGUGUAAAGGGAAGAGAGGGUUUGAGGGGAGAGGAGAAGACUGAGAAAGUGAGAUGGGAUGUUGUCUACAUAGAUACUGUGCAGAUCACACUUAAGUACUUAACUAAGUAAACUUGACUGUAUUUUAUCCUUUACUAAUCACCGGU